AAGUGUGGCGCCCUUCCUAUGUUAUUAUCACUACACAUCAGUGCUACACACUAAUGUGACCAGUAGGUAAACGUUAGAUUAAAUAUUAACAAGCAGCUUUUGCCGGGUCGAGUCAUUGUCAACGCACACUCAAGAGACGGAUUCCUCAUCAGCCUUAUCUAUUAAUCCCUAAUAUGAAGAUGAAAUCUGCCAAAAAUAAGUCUUUGCUCAACAAAGCAAAGAGAGGAGAGAAACAGUAUGAUGUGGUCAGAGUUAAAGCUGAAUAUGAAGUGGAGCAGGAGGCUGAGGAAGGCUCUGGUGAGGUGUACAUUAAUGGAGGUGGUCUGAACAUCCAAAUCAAGGAGGAACCACUUUCACAGGACAUCAGUGAGGAGCACAAUGAGGACUCAACAAGCUGUUUGGACACUAAACCUGACACUGUGGCAUCCAGGUCAGAGGUUCACCAUCAACAGGGACACAUUAAAGAAGAGUGUGAGUCUGACCAGCAAUCAGAAUAUGAUUUCACUGAAGCUGCUGUCAAGGACGAGUCUGAGUCGUGGAUUAAAGAGGAAAGAUGCUAUGAUGAUGACGAUGAUGAUGAUGAGGAGGAGGCAACAGGCAACAUUAAGGAAGAUUAUAGUGAGGGAGAGGGGGUCUGCACAGAGUCAUCGUCUGACUUCUAUCCAUGUCCUCACUGUGAUGUCUCCUUUACUGACUUGGACUUCUUGGAGAAGCAUGUCAAGUGGGUCCAUCAGAAAGAGUAUCUUGCCAAGCUAAAAAAUUGCCUCUCAAGCCUCAUCCCUAAACACACCUGCACUGUCUGCAGCAGCACCUUUAACUCUAAAGUAUACCUUCGGAUGCAUGUGCGUGAAUCCCACCCCUCUGCCCCUCCCCGAAGGCUUCACCCCUGUCCAACCUGUGCACGCAGCUUCCAGUACCUGAAGAAUCUGAAGAAUCACUGUCAGCGCUGGCACAACAUGUCUGUGGUUACCAGAGGAGGGCAUCUCAGCUGUGCCGACUGUGGGAAGAGUUUCAAAGCUACCUGGGGUCAAGGGCCUCAUUUGUGUCAUGCACCGCAAAACACAGAAUCUGAGGACAAGCCGAUCUCUCUGGACACUGGUGUGCAGUGCCAAGAAUGUGGCAAGAAGAUGAGCACACCUCAAAGCCUGGAGGAUCACAUGCGCACACACACAGGCGACCGGCCAUUUGUCUGCAAGGAUUGUGGCAGGAGGUUCGUGGAGCGCAGCGGUUGGCGGCAACACAUGAAAAUACACACAGGGGAAAAGCCGUACAAAUGUCCGGUGUGCGGGAAGGCCUUUAUAAGAUCGCACCACCUUAAGUGCCACUUAACCACACACUCCGGUAAGAAGGAGUAUUCUUGCUCUGAAUGUGGUAAGGAGUUUGGCUUUAAGUCAAGUCUGGAUCUCCACGUGAGGACGCACUCCAGUGAGAAACCCUUUCACUGCAACGUGUGCGGGAAGAACUUUAACACCCAGAGAGGCCUGAGGGUUCACAGCAAACUCCACACCAUGGAGAAAGCUCACCAGUGCGGGGACUGCGGGCUGAAGGUGGGAGACCUUGGGGCUUUGAAAAUACACCUGCGGACACACACCGGAGAAAGGCCUUACCACUGCACAGUCUGCGGCAAUAGGUUCAUUCGCCUCUCGCAUCUUCGAAACCACCAACGCACCCACACUGGUGAGAGACCCUACAAAUGCAAUGAAUGUGACAAGCGUUUUACUCAGUCCGGCGACCUGGUGAAGCAUAAGAGGAUACACUCUGGGGAAAAGCCCUUUGAAUGCCCAGACUGCCACAAUCGGUACACCUCCUCUGGUGAUCUGGGCAAGCACAGGAGAAGUCACACUAACCUGCGUCCCUACACAUGUCAAGAGUGUGAAAAAAGCUUUCGCUUGUCAGGCCAUUUGAAAACUCACAUGUUAACUCACACAGGGGAGAAGCCAUAUUCCUGCCCCAACUGCCUCCGCAGGUUUGCUCGCUCCCACCAUCUUUCUGGGCACGUGGCUAAAUGUCGCUGAGCUUUCAUGAGAGGACUGUAAAUAAGCUAGGCUGAUGUGCAGUGGUAACUAUGAGAGCUGUAUCCAGUCUUCUUCUACUGUAAGUUUUUUUUUUGAUGAAUGUGUGAAAGACAAAACUCAUAUCAGUAUAUGAUUAAUAUUUAUAUUAACUUUCUGUAAACCUCUUGACUCAGAUGACUGUUUUAACUUAUAAUGAAAUUGCAUGGAACUUUAUAAGCACUAUCCAAGGUUUUUUCCGUGCAGGUUUGGUCCAAUCUGUUUUUUCAAGACACUAUUGAAAUGGAGGCCUGAUGACUUAUCAGUGGGACAUGGAUUGUUUUUUCUCCACAGACCAAUGACAUAUUAGUUGUAAAAAUCUAAUAAAUUAUUUGAUAAACGCAUGAA